CUUCAGAGGCGACUGGUGUGUCGAGUGUCAAGGGCCGUGCCUGCGCGCUCCGGACAUCUGAGGGCGGCGGCGCGGGCGCGGCGAUUGCGGCUACGGAUCAAGUCCACUCUUGGUUUCCGCUCGCCUUCUUUUCUCAGUCACAUCCGGAAAACCGGAAAUUGCAGGCAGGACCAGACCGACGGACAGACCCACCCACUGCGCCCCACCAGUGUAUGGCCACGAGGGCGCCAAUUCCUCCCUGGGCCCCGCCCAUUAAAGUGGCUUCUGCCUCCGCCUGUCUGGACCGAUCUCCCCAAAGUAAAAAUCUAGAUUCCCGACUCACUGAUGUGAGACUUGCAGGAUUGGCUGGAAGCCACAGCCCAGCCUCCCGAUGCAGUCUGAAUCCAGCCAGUGUGAAGAGGAGACCCCUUCCCUCCUGUGGGGUUUGGAUCCUGUGUUUCUAGCCUUUGCAAAACUCUACAUCAGGGAUAUCCUGGACUUGAAGGAGUCAUGCCAGGUGCCAGGUGUAUUUUUUUACAAUGGGCAUCCAAUAAGACAAGUAGAUAUCUUGGGAACUGUAAUUGGAGUGAGAGAAAGAAAUACUUUCUACAGUUACGGAGUGGAUGAUAGCACUGGAGUUAUAAACUGCAUCUGCUGGAAAAACUUGACUGAUACCGCGUCUUCCUCAGCUGCUCCAAGUGCAAGAGAACUGAGCUUAACCUCCCAGCUUAAGAAGCUGCAAGAGACCAUUGAGCAGAGAACAAAGAUAGAAAUUGGGGACAUUAUCCGGGUCAGAGGUUAUGUCCGCACGUACAGAGAAGAGCGAGAAAUUCAUGCCACUGUUCAUUAUAAAGUAGAUGAUCCAAUAUGCAACAUUCAAAUUGCAAGGAUGCUUGAGCUGCCCAGUAUCUACAGGAAAGUUUAUGACCAGCCUUUCCAUAGCCCAGUCCUAGAAAAAGAAGCACUAAGCAAAAAUCCAGGUGUCCUGGACCUUACCAAUCUCACAUGUUUGCUGAGUGAAAAAGCCAAAGAAUUCCUCAUGAAGAACAGAGUGCAGACCUUUUACCAGCAGGAGUUGGAAAUGGUGGAGUCUCUGCUGUCCCUUGCCAAUCAGCCUGUGAUUCAUAGUGCCUGCUCCAAGCAAGCAGAUUUUAAGAAUGACACCACAUCCAAGGCAAUUCAUAGUAUAUUUAAGAAUGCUAUAAAGCUCCUGCAGGAAAAAGGAUUCAUUUACCAGAAAGAUUGUGGUUUUGAUAACCUCUUCUAUGUAACCAAAGAAGACAAAGAACUACACAGAAAGAUCCACCGUAUCAUUCAAGAAGACUGCCAGAAACCAAACCACAUGGAGAAGGGCUGCCACUUCCGGCACAUCUUGGCCUGUGCUCGCCUGAGCCUGAACCCGGGCCUGAGUGAGCCUGUGCUGCAGCAGGUGCUGGAGCUCCUGGAGGACCAGAGCGACAUCGUCAGCACCAUGGAGCACUACUACAUAGCCUUCUGAGGACAGGCCGCAGACAGCCUGCGCGGAGCCGGGCCGAGGAGAAAGACCAAGUGGCGUGCACUCCCAGGCUCUGAUUUUGAACAUCAUACAGAGGCUUAUGGGUCAGGAGGCAGUUAUCUUAAAAUCAGCUAUGAAAUAAGGUCAUUGGAGGAAUGGACUUUGGCAUAAAUUCUGUAGGCUGCCUUUUACCUGCUGUAUUCUUGGGAUAAAAUGACUUUUAUCUCGGCCACGCCACACAAGAAAGCCCUCUCUGUUGACCUGCUGGCUGGACUGGGCAUCCUUCGUGAAGCAGAGAGGGAGGAGACGGUGUUGGUGGCUGAGUCGGUGUGUGUGGAGGGGCUCUAUCAUGGUAAAGGGGCGUCGCGUGGUAAAGCCCAGGGACUGCAGGAACUGAAGAGCAUGCAGUCAGAUCACACAGAGCUAAAGCUUUUUAAAAGUUCAGACUAUCAGAAACAUUCUUGUCGUCUGCUUUAAUGGUUAAGAACCAGUGCCUGGAAGUGGCUCUCCCUGAAUGUGUGUCGCUGGGCUAUGAUUUCCAAGGGUUAAGCACCAGCGUUGGGUCAUGAGUCCAGGUUGAAUGCUUUUACAGACACUCAGAGAUGGCAGUUAAUGUGUCCAAGGCAUGGCUCUGUGUCCCUUUUCCUUCUGAGUUGAAAGGUGUUUCAGAGCAUUUGCCUGCAUUGAGGAUAUACGGGGCUAAAUACAUUGUCCCUUAAAGCCCUGAACUUCCUGGAGGCUUUCAUACAAUUAUCUGGCUGCGGUUGAUGUUAUUUUUAAGAUUAUCAUUAUCGUUGAAGUGCAGGAUGUUCUGACACCAUCCAGACAAAGACUCAGUAUGUGCCCAGACAGGUGAUGGAGUUACACUUCUGCUCAGGAUGACAAGGUAAAGGAGAAAAAUCUGCGGCAUGUAGUAGGCUUGUUCUAACAGCACGAUGACAAAGCCAGCCAGCAAAAGUAAAGCGCGGAGAAAGUUA